AUGUCUUCUGCAGAAAUUACAGAUGUUGUACAGUUAAGCAAACAUUGCAGCGCCAGCAGUAGUGCUCAUCAGAUUCAGCCACGCUCAUCAGGAUCAACCUCUAGUUUCGUCUGUCCAUCACAGCUGAAGGCCAGUCCAACAUCAGAAAAUUGUUCUUUAACAGUUAUCGGAUGUCAGUCGCAAGGACAAUUUCAUCAUUCGUCAGGCCAAUAUCUGAGUGGUCAAACGGCAUUCUAUUCGGCGCCAUUGGGACAUUCCUCAAGUCCGAAUCAUUCAACUCAAGUGAUCUUGCAAAAUCAGUUGUUGCAUUCCAAUGACAGUUUACCGGUAACAGUAGCACAAACAUCGCAUGUACAGCAUAAUAAUUCACCUACACAAGUACCCGUCUAUACCACCAAAAUACAGACCUAUCCAUCAGUUUCCACUGCUGUACAACCGUUUUCGUUGAUGAGUCGAACACGUCCAUUGUUAUGCAGUCAAACAAUUGAUUCAGCCGCUUGUCUAUCGGCAUUAGACAAUCGUCGUAAAACAUUUCGAGCUCGUGCAUCACUGGGUGUCACUGUAGCAUCUGCUCCAUCUGUCGAUAAAGAAGAGUAUCGUAGUCCAGCUCCAGAAUUCAGUAAAUUUUGUAAAUCUUUUGACUAUGGUGCAUCAUCGCCAAGAAGUGCAUUGAAUGCCAGCGACAAUAAUGCCUUAGUAACGGUAAAAAAAAAUUAG